CACUCACGGUCCGCUUCCUCACCAAACGUUAUAUCGGAGAGUACGACCAUCAGCAAGAAAGCAAAUAUAAGCAUGAAGCUAUGUUGGACGGCGAGCCUGUACUUUUCGAAAUUUUAGACACUUGCCCAAAGAGCAUAGACGAGUUACCAUCUAGCGACAUAGCCCAGUGGGCGGAUGGUUUGUUCCUCGUAUAUUCCAUAACAGACAGAGAGUCGUUCAACUAUGUCCGCAGAGCCAAACAGAUCCUCCAGCCCGAGAUACCGCUAACACUGGUUGGCAAUAAGGCUGAUAUGGUACACUUGCGGCAGGUGAGUCCGGAAGAGGGUGAGAUCUUAGCUAAAGAUUUCGAAUGUGGUUUUGCGGAGGUGGCUGCCGCGGAACAGGUGCAUCCGGUUGGGGAUGUCUUUCACGACUUGUGUCGUGAAGUACUGGCUUUGAGGCGGCGGGCGAAACAUAGUCUCCUCGAUAGAAUGUUGGGCUCGAAAUCGGCUUAUAGGGUCUACUCUAGGGGGAAAAGUGAUAGCGCUUUACCCAAAGAAUAAAUAACGAGAUAGUCACACACUUUAUUUAAUUAAUGUUCCCAGCAGCGGAUCUAGCGAGGUUGGUGUAACUCCGAGGAGACUGGGGGAAAAUAUUCCUUAAUAACUUUUACUUAAUAAUCCAUAGUAAAAAUUCCAAAAAUGGAGUCAUUUAACUUAAGCACUUCAAGAUGAUAGAUCAAACUAGAUCCGCUCCUGGUUAUACGUCUAGAUUUUUUGAAUUCUCAGUGUUAGGCACCUAGUCGUGAUUGUAAUGGGUAGGCAAUUGACCCUAGUCAACGGUGUGACAGUAUACUGUCAUAUUAUAAUAUGAAUGUUUUUUUGUUAGUAAAGAAAGACUUUACAUUAAUGUAGUUGUACGCUUAGUAUAUUCGCUUGUAUGAUUGAAAAGAAGUUGCAUAAAUUAUUUUUGACAUUUUUUGACGAUACUCCAUCGUUUAAUAUCAAUAGUAUUUACUAGCCUCAGUCAAGUUAUCGUCCUACUCACAAAUGAAUAGAAUGUCUACGCCCUAGACUGUAAAAAGGACAUAAAUAUUAGUCGCGUAAACCCUAUGUUUCUUCCUAUAGAGUACAGAGUGGUUCAUUUCCCGCAUGUUGCUCAGUCCGUUCAGUUUCUACGUCGUCAAAAAAUUACAGAAAUAAUGUUGAUGUUUUUUUUACUCUGAUGCAUUUGAUUGUUAGAGAUGUACGAUUUAUUGGUUAAUUAUAUAAUUUUCAUAAUUAUUUAACGAAUAAAAUGUUUAUUUAAACCUUU